CCUUGUCAUCUCUUCUUCUCUCUACCAUUCCUCUUUUCUACACAAUCCAUCUUAAAGAGGAGUCUUAGACCCUGAUUCUCCUUUCAAAAUUUUAUUUUCCUGCGAAAAUAUUAUUUUCCAAGAUAUGGAAGCAAUGAAGAUGAAGGUUUUGGUCAUUUUGAUGGUUGUGUUGAUGGCUUUCUCCGCCAUGCAAAUGGCAGCAGCAGCAACUGAUGCACCAGCACCAAGUCCUACUUCUGAUUCCUCUGCUUAUAUUCCCGCUUUGUUUGCAUCUUUGGCUGCUCUUGCUUUUGGGUUCUUCUUUUAAAACUAGCAUCAUUUAAUUUCUUUGUGCUGCUCUUGUUUCUCAUAUCUAUCACUCAAUUUUCUUGCUUUUUCUCUUGUUAUUAAUCCCAUUUUGGAUAUUGAGGGAGGCAAAAGAAUGAGAGGAAAGAAAUGGGUAGUGCUUGUUUAGAGUUAAUCUGGAUGAUUAUUGUUAACUGUGGAAUUGGGUUGAGUGAUUGAUUUAUUUUGGUGUCUUCUUGUAUUGUAUUCAUUAUGAUUUAAUUACCGGCAGUAAUAUUGGAUUUAAAAUCGAUUGAAUUAAAUUAAUUUAAAUUUUAAUUUAA